UCAUGUUGCAAAGGACUGAUGCGACCCAGACUGUCAGCAGUGCGCUCAUCCUCUGCUUGGCAAAAAAGACGUUACUGUCCUGUUCAUACAGACCGUAUGCCCCCCCCCCCCACUGUUGGUCUGUGAGCAUGAGGCAGGACGAGACUCUGAGCAGGAGUGACGCGGCCCCCAGGGGCUGAUCGCGCGGUUGCCGGGGUUUAGGUCUGCGUCUUAGUCCUCCUUUUUUUUCGCUGAUGCUUAAAGUUUUAACAAGUCACUGUGGGGGGGGACUUUCUGGUCUUCUAACUUGAGCAGUACCUUCCCAAAAACAGGGAAAAUAUUUGAGCAAGAUUAGUUAUUUCUUGUUUAUUUUAUCUCCACGUAGGCGGCGGAGUUAAAAAACUUGCAGUAUGAGAGUUUUCCUUUUAGAGGUAAUAAAUGUGCAUAGGAGAUCCUGAAUGGCCCUUUUCUCCUCUCAUUUUACAGGAAUCGUCUUCUAUCAGGAGUUCUAUGGCUUAGCUAUGCUCAAUAUAUUUAUGUUUCUUUUCGGGUGCCUGCUGUCGUUCGUUGGUGUCUUCCUGAUUGCCAGGAAUCGGCCGAAAAUCAAGACGGACCGGCCAUUCAUCGACAUGGGCCAAGUCCCCGGCAGGAGGUGCACAGACAAAGUGCAGCCAGAAAGCACUAACAUCACCUACGGCUCGCUGACAGGAGACGCCAUCCAGCUGCAGGCCAAGGGCGAGCAAACGGAGAGCUCUGUGUAGGUGCCACACCCCCUGCUGUACGGAUGCGUUGCCUGCGCUGGGGGGACGCAGGCUGGUGGACGGUGCUGCCCCCCCCCCCCCAAAAAAGCUGCUGGUCUGGAAUAUUCCUACCCACCUUAGGACUGAAGAGACUCCUAUUAAAACUUGACUGAAGGAGGAGUUUUACGACUUCAGGGGGGGAAAAUCAUUAGUGGAAAAUGUUUCUUAAAAGAACUGUAAGGCUUUACUAUCUUGCGCCUUUGAUACGCGUUGAUGCCGUGGUUACAGAACACCACCUUGGCCUGUGGGCUGCAUUCUGAAAGAGGGUACGGCUGUUGUCCUGUUUGAAUAGGUAAUUAACUUGAACUGCUGUACAAACCCACAACACUUACUGUUGCUUGUAUUAACUGCAUAAUAUCAAAAAAAGCCAUUGAGAAUGUAGUAACAGGCAGCCAAUAAAUUUAAUCCUCCCCACCUCUGAAUCACCUCUUUCUAAAACAUGCAACAAAACCAGGUGAGAUAUUAAAAACAGAGGUGAGGGGAGAUUAAUCUUCAUGCACAUA